AUGGCGAUCAUUUCACGCGCGCACUCUGCCGAUUCACCAGAGAUUUGGAGCGGGAAGGUAGUACGUUGUCGCAUGGUGUCGAUGCUCGUGGAAACGUCUAUCGAAAAUUUGAUAGAAGAAAUUGAAAAGAGACCAGCACUAUAUAAAAAACAACUUAAAGAGUACUCUGAUAUAAAUCUGAAGAAAAAACUAUGGGAAGAAGUUUGUGAAGUAGUUAUUCCCGAUUGA